AUGGGACGUCAUCUGAGGAAUGAGACUGCCAAUUAUAAUGGCGAUGAAGCUUCUGAAUUUACAGAUGAAAAAGGUAUCAUCCAUACCACUACAAGGUCCAUGAAGAGAAUAAACUAUGCUGAAAUUGAAGAAGGUUUAGAUUAUUUGGAUGAUGAUGAGAAGGAAAAUAUCAUGGAAGAACAACAGCCUAAAUUUGAAAUACCUUAUGGUGAAGAUGCUGGUGUUGCAAUUGAUAGCAAUACCAACGCCAAUAUCAAUGAUAUAAAUAAUGAUGAUAAUAAUAACAAUAAUAAUAAUGUUGAUAAUUAUGACGAUGACGAAGAUGAUGAUCAAAUCCCAGUGAGAAAAUCAAGAGGUACUAGGGUCGAGGUUGCUGCUGAUGAACCUGUUGAUACAAGGUCAAGGUCAAGAAGACGUCAAGAUUUAGCUGAAGAUGAUGAGAGUUUCCACGAGGAUGCCGUCGAUAGUUUUGAUGAUGACGAUGAUGUAGAAGAAGAUGAUUAUGCAGAUGAGGAUUACGCAGGUAAUUCUAACAAACAUAAGAAUUAUACACGACGCAAACAAGAUACUAACUUUGUUGUACCAGAUCCUGAUGAUGACAUAGAAGCCGAUGAAGAUGAAGAAGAAUUUUACGAUUAUAGUGGAAGACGCAGAACUAAAGCUAAUUCUUCAAAUACUAGAGCAAUUCGUAGCAGCAGGAGGUUGCGUUCUGAAACUACAACUACCCCUACAAGAAACUUGAGGCGAAGAACAAGAUCAGCGUUCAUUUCUGAAGAUGAAUUCGACGCAAAUGGUAAAAAUAGAGAAGCAAUGACCUUACAAGAUGAAAUUAGAGAGCUACAAGAAGAUAGUCCAAUAAAUGAAAAAAGAUCAUUACGUGAAAGAACUAAACCGGUGAAUUACACUAUACCUCCACCUUUAUUGGAUGCAAACCAAGAUCCCUUCUUGAGUGUCGAACAACCAAUUGCAGCUUAUCAUCCUUCUCCUCGUAGAGGUAGAGGUGCCAAUACGAAUCAAAACAUGGGACCAGCAAGAAGAUUAUUUCCAACUGGAGGGCCAUUUGGUGGUAAUGACGUCACUACUAUCUUUGGUAGGAAUACAAAUUUCUAUAAUCAAGAUAACGCUGGUAAGUUUUUGUCAUUGAAUGAGUCUGCGGGUACCAACAAUAAAAGAUUAAUAGAUUCUGAUUCAUCAGAAGAUGAAAUAUUACCAUUAGGUGCUACUCCAAAGGCAAAACCAGCUAAUGCAAAGAAGAAAAAGAAGAAGCCUGAAAUUGCUGAUCUUGAUCCACUUGGUGUAGAUAUGGAUAUAAACUUUGAAGAAGUUGGUGGUCUUGAUAAUUAUAUUGAUCAAUUAAAGGAAAUGGUUACACUACCUCUUCUUUAUCCAGAAGUAUAUCAAAAUUUUAACAUCACUCCUCCCCGUGGUGUAUUAUUUCAUGGUCCUCCUGGUACAGGUAAAACGUUGAUGGCAAGGGCUCUUGCAGCAAGUUGUUCAACUGGUAAUAGAAAAAUCACGUUCUUUAUGAGAAAAGGUGCUGAUAUUUUGUCCAAAUGGGUUGGUGAAGCUGAGAGACAAUUGCGUUUGUUGUUUGAAGAAGCAAAGAAGCAACAGCCAUCUAUUAUAUUUUUUGAUGAAAUUGAUGGGUUAGCACCUGUUAGAAGCUCAAAACAAGAGCAAAUUCAUUCAAGUAUUGUUUCAACAAUGUUAGCUUUAAUGGAUGGUAUGGACAACAGAGGUCAAGUAAUUGUUAUUGGUGCUACAAAUAGACCAGAUGCAGUAGAUCCUGCUCUAAGAAGACCCGGUAGAUUUGAUAGAGAAUUCUACUUUCCAUUACCUGAUGUUAAAGCUCGUUCUAUAAUUUUGGGUAUACAUACUAAAAAGUGGAAUCCACCACCAAAUAAGAAAUUAAUUGAUGAUUUAGCUAGAUUGACUAAAGGUUAUGGUGGUGCAGAUUUGAGAUCAUUAUGCACAGAAGCAGCAUUGAUUAGUAUUCAAAGGAAGUUUCCGCAAAUAUAUAAAAGUGAACAGAAAUUAAUGGUGGAUCCAACUAAAAUACGAGUCUCAUACGGUGACUUUAUGCUAGCAUUGGAAAAAAUUGUUCCUUCUUCUGCAAGAUCGACGGGUAGUGUUGCUCAGCCGUUACCUGAAGCUGUUAAACCAUUGUUGGACAUACAACUAGAAAAGAUUAAGUUAACAUUAGAUAAGAUAUUACCUAAAUCUGAUUCGCAAUUUGAUAGAUCACAGUCAAUGAUUCAACAAUUUAUUGAUUACGAAGAUUACGACUCUGAUGAUAAUGAUAGUCAUUCUGGUAUAUCUGGCUUUGCAAAACAUUCUUUAAUAAAUAAAGUUACUAAUUUGCGUAUUUGUCAGCCUAAACUGCUGGUGUCAGGUGAAUUUGGAAAUGGUCAACAGUAUAUUGGUUCUGCCAUAUUGAACAUAUUGGAGAAAUUUAAUGUUCAGAAGUUAGAUCUAGCUUCCUUAGUUUCUGAUAGUAGUCGAAGUAUUGAGUCAGCUGUUGUUCAAUCAUUUAUCGAAGCCCGUAAAAGACAACCAUCGAUUGUCUACAUUCCCAAUAUUGAUAUUUGGGCCAAGUCUGUCCCUGCCAACGUUAUUCUAUUACUGUCGACAUUGUUUAGAUCUCUACAAGGAAAUGAAAAGGUUUUAUUAUUAGGUUUAGCAGAAUGUGGAGAUACUGAUGAGAUUACGACUCAAGAAUUGGCACCAUUAAACUUUUCAAAGAGUAUAUGUAAUAUUGAUCUACCCACUAAAGAACAGAAAGAAGCUUAUUUUCAUACACUUUUACCUUUGUUAAAAAAUAAGCCAACAUUAUUUGAAGUUAAAAAGAAGAGAAGAAAGCCAUUACCUGUUCUACCACCAAUUGAAGGUGGUUCAGAAACAUCAAACGUCGAUGAAAAUGGGAAUAUAUUGUCUCCUGAGGAGGCUCUUAGAAGAAAGUUAAAAGAAUACCAAUAUCAGGAUAUGAGACUUAAAAAUGUAUUGAAGAUUAAGCUUUCAGGUUUAAUGGAUUUAUUCAAAAAUAGAUAUAAAAGGUUUAAGAAACCCCCUAUCGAUGAUGCAUUUUUAGUUCAUUUGUUUGAACCGCAACCAGUAAAUGAUCCUAAUUGGUUACCUGCUUAUGUUAAGGAUGAUAAUAUGAUCUUAGAAGUAUCGACUGGUCGUAGAUUCCAUAAUAUGGAUCUAGAUAUUGUAGAAGAACGUUUAUGGAACGGUUAUUAUUCAGAACCUAAACAAUUUUUAAAAGAUAUUGAAUUAAUUUACCAUGAUGCUAACACCACUGGUGAUAGAGAAAGAAUAAUUAAAGCGUCCGAAAUGUUUGCUAAUGCACAAAUGGGUAUCGAAGAUUUAUCCACAAAAGAAUUGAUUGAUGAAUGUAAAGCCACUAGAAAACGUGAUAUACAAAGACAACAAUUAUUUUUAAAGGAUGAACAAAAAAAUUUAGCAGCACAAUUAAACAAUACAGAAUCGACUAAUGUUACUGCAGUAAUAGGAGAAAGUGAGACAUUUGAAAAUGUUAUACAGCCUCAAGAUGGUAGUGAAGUUUCUAAUGUUCAAAGUUUAGGUGUUGGUUCGGGUAACCAACUCCAAGCUCAGUUGCAAUUAAUUCCACCUAAUAGUACUGCCAGUAUUGCUAAUGAAACGAAUACAUUAGAAGGCACUGUAGUCGAAAAUGGAAUCAAUUUAACAACUCAUUUUGAGCCUUCUGUAGUCCCUGACAUUGAAAUGAAGGACAAAAAUCCAGAUGAAUGUGCCAUCUUUGACUCAACAAUUCCAAAUAGUGGAGAAACAAAAUCCUUCGAUAAACCGAUUGAUGAAUCACUAAAUAAAACUAAAGAUUCUGUCUUUAACAAAACUGAGGAUUCGACUGUAAAAAGUAACUUAGAAAAUACUGAUGAUCCAAUUUUAGACGAGAUGGUGGAUGAAAGAGAGAUAACAAUAGAUGAAACAGCAUUUAACGAAUUAUUAGAACACCUGCAAAGUAAAACAAAUUAUGCGACAGUUUCUCAAUUAGAAGAAUUAUACACGCAAAUUGUUAAUAUUAUUUGGCACGAUCGUCUAAAGUGGGAUAAAUCAUCCACUAUUCAGAAUAUCAAAGAUUUUAUAAAGCUAUAA